AUGCUUGCCUCAAACUCAUUGAAAUCCUUUUCAAUUCAAAGAUCAUUAUUUAUGGCCUCUACAAGGCAAUUACACAACACGGCAAGAAGGUCCCUAACUAUACCUUUUAUCCCAGUUCUUCCUCAAAAACCAGGUGGUGUUGUGGGCUCUCCCAAUGAUUCCUAUAUCCCACCAAAAAUGAAUAAAUUCGAAGGUUCUUAUCAUUGGUGGGCAGAAAAAGCAUUUGCAUUAACCUCAUUACCUUUGGUCACGGUGGCUGCAUUGACGUCAGGUCCCUUAUCUGUCACUUGCGAUUCUGUUCUUUCCGUUGGUUUAUUAGGUUACUGUUACAUGGAAAUGCAUUCUUGUAUUACUGAUUAUAUUUCAAGUAGAGUUUAUGGGAAGUACCAUAAUUAUGCAUUAUAUUUGUUAGGUGCUGGCUCCCUGGUAUCAUUGGUUGGUAUUUAUAAAUUAGAAACUGAAGAUGAUGGAUUGGUCGGGUUCAUGAAGGGCUUAUGGAAGGGGAAGACAAUUCAAGAAGUAGAAGCUGAAGCUGGAAAAGCCAAGAAAUAG